GAAAUCUGCCUACGACCUACACGCCUGCAGCUCUUGUGUGUACUGCAAAUGUAUGCAAAUGAAAAUAUUUGUUUUGUGGCGAAAAUUUUGGCACAUAUUCGUAUUUUAUUUGUGUUGUGAUUCUACUUCAGUUUGUUACUUGGGAUUCAUAAGAAGUUAUAAAAUUGUUUUCUGGGUGAACGAAUGAUUAUUCGAAGUUUAUGCAAUCCAAAAGCCUCCCAAAAUGUCUCUGUGUAGUGGACAUACACUUACUCCAUCGAUUUUGAAAAAAUCUUCAACAAUUCAAGAAAGGAUACAGUCUACGCCUAAAAGUACCACGAAGGUUCGAUUCGUAUUGCCUCAUUCACAAAAUGUUCGUAAAAUUUUGCGAGACUUUUUGAAACAUAACAACACAAAAGAUUAUCAACACUUGAUUUGUUUGAUUCGUGAUUCAGAAUUAACAGAUGAUGAUUUGAGUUCUCUAUUGAAAGAAUGUACUGAAUGUAUUUCUUUGAUGAACAAUGAUUUAAGGCUUUUCACUGAAGUGCUGCUUACUAUACAAUGGGCUAAUCGAGAUAUAAAAUUGGUAAAGGAAUAUCAAUCUUUCUUGAAUAAUUUGUUGGUAGCACAUACAUAUCAUGCUAAAAUUGUUAUUGAUAAUUUGGUUUCGUUAUUCCUACAAAAUUCAAAUGAAGUAUGGGAAAAUGGAGAACCUACUCAUGAAGAUGAUAAGAAAUUUUCAAACGUUCACAAAGUACUCAAAACUCUUUUUAGGAUUGUACCCAUGUGUAUGGAUAUGAUGGUGGAUGCAUUACAACGCCACUAUCCGUACUUCAGGAGAGGAGUUCAUGUUAAUGAUUGUUAUCUGUAUAAUCUCUUGAAGGUGUUAGAUUAUGCACCAAGUCUUAAAGCUGAAAUUCUAGAUCUAAUUUUCUUGAGAUUAGUGAACAUGGAUGUUGGUGUUCCUAGGGAUCUGAUAGAGAAAGUGUACUCGGAUGUAGAUGAAGACAUAGUUUUAUUGGAUGAAGGCAAGUCUUGCUCAAAUAAUAAUCUGGUGUCACCUGAUAAAGUUGUCGUUGAGACUCUGGAUAUAUGUUUGAGAAGAAUUUUCAGAUUUAUUCACAAAGUGUGUCAUAAUCCUGAAACUGGAGAUUUCGCUUGGAAUGAAACUAAAGAAUUCUACAAAAAUACCCUAAAAAUAUUUGAUGGAAUUGUUUUGCCCACAUACAAUUGUCAUCAUAUACAGUUUUGUUGGUUCCUGUUGUUCAGCUUCAAGCCCUGUUUAGCAGAAAUAUUCAUAGAUCAUCUAUGGCAAAAAGUAACGGAUCCUAGUAUUUCUCCUGUUCUCAGACAAACAUCUGUACAAUACAUAGCCAGUUUAGUAGCCAGAGCAUCAUAUGUUAAUUUGAGGCUCCUCAAAAAUGUUCUUCAGCAACUGUCCUCCUGGAUCCACUCUUACAUAAAUGCGCAGGAUGACGUAGAGUGCGUGAAUUGGAAUCUCAAAGUACAUUCAGUCUUUUAUAGUACUUGUCAGGCAUUAUUUUAUGUUACAUUUUUUAGGCAUAAGGAAAUGAUUGCUAGCAAUAAAAAUUUAUCUUUUCUGCAAAAUCUCAAUUUCUCAAAAAUAGUUACUUGCCGUUUGAAUCCUCUAAGAGUAUGUCAACCAGCAGUGGUGCAGAAUUUCGCAGCUUUCACCAGGAAUUAUCAAUUAGCAUACUGUCAUGCAAUAAUUGAACACAAUUCAAGAACCACGAUUUCAACUAUAUACCAAAAUCAGGGUGGCCUUGGAAUGGCUCAAACAAAUGAUGUAUUGGAUGCGAAUUACCCAUUUGAUCCAUUUGUAUUGAAGAGGUGUAGUGGAGAUAUUAAACCAUUUUAUAGAGUUUACGAAGAAUUCGACCUGAAACGAAAAGCUGAAGCCGAGGAAACUAACGAGAUUGAAAUGGAUGACUUCAUCGAUCAGACUUACGUUUCUAAUAAGCGUAAAAAAUUUUCAUAUGGAUCCUCACCUGGUUUCAAAUUCAAUCUGUGAAUUCAAUUUCCACAAUUUCUCGUAUUAUGAAUUAUUUAUGGAUCAAUUGAUCGACGUGAUUUAUAGUUUCCAACAAAAUUAACUGAAAUUUAUGAUUAUUACUCUUUCACUGUGAAAAUAAUUCUUCAUGAAAAAUUUGUCGGAAAUAUUUGAAAAAUCGUUGUAGGAUAUCCUUAAAUUGUGAAUUCAGCUGAACUGUUAUUUUGUGAUAUUUGAAAGAUGUUAUAGUCGGAAGGAAUUCUUUGUAAUUGUAUAAAGUGAUUUAUGAAAUGUUACAUAUUUUUGUAUAUUUAAAUUUCGAAAUAUUUCCAAGAGCAUAAAAUUAUCAUGUGUUUAAAUAAAAUCUUCAUGUCA